AUGCCUAGAUUACAACUGCCGUUGAGCCACUCGAGCUCAGUCCGGAUGAAGAAUUUCCUGUUUGCCUUUCGACGGCAGUACUCGUCACAACCAAAGUACACCAGCGACGAUAUAGCCACUCUCCUAGCUAAACCAACAUGGUCUGUCCGAAGCCUUCUCCCGAAUACCGAUGAUCCAACGAUUCCACUCUCCAUCACGCCCCAGAGACUUCACCAUCUGCUCCGUCUGUCAGCGCUCCCGCAACCAGUCGAUAAAGCGGAGGAAACGUCUAUGCUAAGGACGCUCGAAGCCCAGAUCCACUUCGUCAAAUCGAUACAGGAUGUCGAUACAAAAGACAUCAAACCUCUCCGAGCGAUUCGAGACGAGAGUCGCGAGGCGAUCAGGGACUCUACGAUAGGCUUGGAGACAUUGAAGGAAGCAUUAGCCAAGGAACAAGUGGUCGGUCGGCGAAAGAAAAUACAGCGCCAGGUUACUGAGGACGCUGAUGCCAGCCAUGUCGAGAGCGACCAAUGGGACGGAAAUGCUCUGGGGUCGGCUACAAGGACCGCCGGAAAGUAUUUCGUCGUGCAAAGUCGUAACUAA